AUGAGUAGACUACAGAAAGCUGAAUCAAUGGAGCGAUGUAAUAUUUCAGCAGUUGGAAUUCUUGAUAAUUUGCGAACUUCAGAAAAGGCAUUAAAUCCUCGGCACAAGGUUCUUCUCAAAAUCCUGGGCAAAUGUAAUCCCAGCCUUUGUCUAGAUCAAAUAUUUUUUUUUCCGGAAGCGAAAUAUCAAGCUUUACAAAAGCACUACGGCUCUAGAGAAUACGCGCGUCUUGACUUCGAGUAUCAACAUAAGGAGUCAGCCUCCAUUUUCAUGGAGAAUGCAGCUGAUAUCAUUUUACUAUGUGGAUCAUACUUACGAGACCUCAAGUUAAAAUUCACUGAAUCUGUUGGUUUCUCUGAUCAUAUGAUAGAUUCAAUUAGGCAUAUUAAAAACCUCAAAAAGUUAAUCAUUGAAGGAGCUCGAGAUCCAUGUAUAGUCAAUGAUAGUCAGUCAUUAGCAGAAGUCUUGAGUAGUGUAAUAUCUCUAGAAUCACUGUCACUUAAAUUUGCUAGCUUAGAAGUAAUGUGUUUGGAUGCCGGGUGUUUACCAAAUUUGGUUCAUUUUUGGAUAUUCAAUCACCCAAACAACUACAACGCAAUUAUAAAUUUUAUUAGCACGGAAGGAAGAAAGAUCAAAGUAUUAGAAUGCAUGCCAAUGUUAAUAGGGGACGAGUCAAUCAAGCUAUUUGAAGUUUUGAAAGAAUCACUGGAAGGUAUAUUUGUCAGUGGAAUUCCAGAUGAUAUCAGAGAAGACUUGCGAUUAGUGGAGUUCUCGAACUUGCGUUUUAUCCAAAUUCGUUAUAUGGAUGAUCUGUAUGACUUUCCAACGUGGCUAGAAUGGCCAAUUUUUAAAAAUGUUGAAUUAUUCAUUAUGAAUUACAAGGAUAGUAGAAAUUAUUGGAAAGAAACGUUGAUCGGAUUGAGAAAAACAAAAAUUAUUACACCACCUAAUCUCAAACAUUUCGUUUUCAUCACUGGAAGAAAGAAUCACGAAAAGGAUACGUCCUUUGUAAAUGGUUUCAAGCGCCACGGAAUUAGUUGUCAUUUUAAGUCUAAUCUGGAAUACACCGAAGCAUUAGAAAUUUUAGCUACAUUGAAAAAUCAAGAGUACUAA